GAUUCUGUAGUACUCCCAGCAUGACUAACCCAACUGGUGAUGGUGCUGUGGGCGGUGGCAUGCUGCCUGAAAACGGCGUUGACAAGUUUCUGCAACAGCUCGUGACUGAGGGUAACGGUGGUGCUCCUUUACUGGAAGGGAACGCCGGCCCCGAGGGGUUUGUGAAGAACACAUUUUUGGAGUUUGGCGUUGCGAAACCAAGUGUCUUUAAUAGAGCGUCUACGUGUCCGCCUGGUACCAUGGAGGUUAACGAGGCCGCAGUGGGGAGUAUGCCUCCUGUUGGUGCUGAACUGGCAGCUUCGAUUGGGCUCGAAGCAGUUACUGAGGAACCUAAGAGUGGCUCGUUUUCUCCCUCUCCUCAAGUGGAUACGCCCCCUUUCUCACCAGGGUUCGUCCCCACGAAAGAAGAUAAGGGUAGCAGCGGCGAAACGGAGGAAGACCUCACUACGGUUAUGUUGAGAAAUAUUCCGAACAAGUAUACGCAGAGUGGGCUUUUGGAAGCGAUAGACGAGAAAGGCUUCAAGACUAUGUAUAAUUUCUUUUAUUUGCCGGUGGAUUUCAAGAAUGGCUGUAACAUGGGCUAUGCUUUUAUCAAUUUUGCUCAUCAUGAUUACGCGGUCAGAUUUAUGGAAGUAUUUGAUGGCUAUCAGUUGCCCGCGGUGCGAUCGGUGAAAAUAUGUGCUGUGUGUUGGGCUCGCGUGCAAGGUCUGGAGCGUAACGUUGAACACUACCGUAACUCUCCCGUGAAUGAGUUGCCAGAUCCUGAGUAUCGUCCUUUGUUGUUUGGUGCGGACGGCAGUGACCUCCCCUUCCCGGCUCCUGACCAGAGUUUCAAGAGAGCUAAUAUGCGGCGUGUAUCUGCGAUGGUACAGGGUGCUAGUCAUGUUACCCAUACUGAUGGUGGCGUGCGACCUAAUAGGCGUCAUACCAACAGUAGUGUACCGAACGCGGCCAACAAGCUUUUCAUUGGUGGGUUGAGCCCUGCUACUACUGAUGAAGAUAUACGAGCCCAUUUCUCACAGUUUGGGCAAGUGUUGUCCUCUACUGUUGUUCGCGACAAGAAAACGGGAAUGUCUCGAGGAUUUGGUUUUUGCACUUUUGCCAGCGAUGAAGUGGCGAGAUACGUGCUGGAGCAACGUCAUUGGAUCAACGGUCAAAGUGUUGGCGUUAGGCUCUAUUCCCAGGACAAAUGAUCCGUGAUGUGCGGUAGUGAUGCUGUGAAGUAGAGGAAGACGUAUCUGUCUUAUGCAUUCGUCGUAGUCGUCGC